AUGGAAGAAACAAGACCGAAACAGGGCAUUGAGCAUGGCGAGGAUCGGCGCGUGAGAGAACUUUACCGCUAUUACCAGCCAGUGGGACCGACAAGCUUCCUUCCGGUGUGGUUAUCUGCGGGGGAAAAUGCGACAUCGGGUUCGACGGGGAGUUCGAAUACGCCACAGAAUGAAGGGUCAGUGGAAGGGAACUCCAGUAGCAGUGCUACGUCGGGCCCCUCGACCGCAAUCGGACCGGAGGAGCUGGUAUUGGGUCUUUCCAACAACACUCUGACUUCGUUUGCGCAACUGGCUGCCCUACGGCUGAAUGUAGAGCGGGCUUUUAUUUGCAUCCUCGACCGAGAUGCACAAUAUAUGCUCUCUGAGGCUACCAAGUCUGUGAAUAUAAAUGAUAACUCGAUCCACGAUCAUAAAGAUGCAAUUUGGUCGGGUACCACUGGCAGUCGCAAGACAUGGAACUUGUGCCGGGUAAGUAUCCAAGACAAACAUAGGAAUCGGACCUCUCGCAGAGGUCUUACCCUUUUUGCAACCCUCUCGUCUUUCCAAGCAGUGCAAAGGCUCAUAUUCUUUCUUCCCUCCCGACAGGAUACUGUUGCCCUGCCGUCCUCCGUUCGUGAAAAUGCCCAGUAUUCGUUCCUUGUUGUCAACGACCUCUCCGAGCACGAGCGUUACCGCAACCUGUCAUUCGUCAAAAAAUGUCCGAAUUUCCGAUUCUAUGCCGGAACACCACUCUCAACCGACAACAACAUCAAUCUGGGUUGUUUCUUUGUGAUGGACAAGACCCCGCGCGAUGGAUUGACGCCGUUAGAAAAGGAUACACUGGGAUCAUUGUCAAUGCUGGUUAUGGAUUAUCUCAAAGUGUGCCGACAAGCUUCUGAAGGUCGCCGAGCGGCACGGCUUUCGCGCGGAUUAAGCUAUUUCGUUGAAGGAAGCUCGAGCUUCGUGGAAAGCGGCGACCCCUCUCGCGCUGAUAGCUGUGCGCCGUCUCUCUCUACGACACCACCUUCAACAAACAAUCGGAUCAGUGUCUCCGGUGGAUCUCGUGGUAGCUCUGUCCAGUACGACCAAAUGUCGCAGUCAGAAGGAACACCUCAGGGCGCAUCGAAUAGCCCACCUAAUGACCGUUCCUUGAGCACCGAUGCACAGUCAAUUAGUUCGGGCGGAUCCAAGCUUGAUACGUGGACUUCGGGUGGAGCAAGCUCCUUGCCCGAGUGGAUCACCAGUAGCAGCCGGAAUCGACUUCCUCCUGAUGAUUCUCACGGCAAUUCCUGGUGCUUCAAACGAGCGGCCAAUUUGCUACGCGAGAGUUUGGAGUUGAAAAGUGAUGGUGGAGUUAUCUUCUUGGAGGCCAACAGCCCCCCGUUCGCCGACGGCGAGAGCGCAAGCGACUGCUCCAUGAGUGAUGCCAGUGGUCCCGCGAUCGUUUUGUCCAUGUCAACCUUUGAUGAGCCAUUUGCUCCUCGGGCCGGAGCUCUUAGUGCCUCCCCCGCGGCCGGUAUUGAUCGGUCGUUCCUUCAACUGAAUCUGCGCCGCUAUCCCAAGGGCAAACUUUGGUCCUUCCACCGAGAUGGAUUGAUCUCCACAUCUGAUGAUGAUGACCAUUUGCCGUACGACCAGGCUGCUUCAGCCUCGAGUUGCUCACCCCCCGGUAUGCCUCCAAUCGACGUUUCGAAACCCCUGGGCAAGCGCCGCAAGGCAGCCGAAAACACGAUGUUGAAUCAAUAUUUUCCCAAUGCAACCCAGAUCAUGUUCGUCCCGCUUUGGAAUGCCGUGAGUUCACAGUGGUUCGCUGGAUGCUUCUGCUGGACUACUGUGGAAACCCAAGUUUUCUCUUCUGCGGUUGAGUUGAGCUCGGUUCUUGGGUUUGGCUCGUCCAUCAUGGCAGAAUACAGUCGUAUUGAGUCGCUCAUUGCCGAUCGACAGAAAGGUGAUUUCAUCGGUAGUAUAUCUCACGAACUGCGCAGUCCACUGCACGGUAUCCUUGCGGCAGCAGAGUUCCUAAACGGGACCAAUCUCAACGAGUUCCAAAAUUCACUGCUAGAGACAGUCAAUGCUUGUGGUCGUACCCUGCUUGAUACGAUGAACCAAGUCCUCGACUUCAGCAAGGUUGUUUCGCUUGAGCGAACAUUGCGUUCCUUGAAACGGAGGAAGGAAUCGCCACUCGACUUCAAAGGAACGGACGAGCUGGCAUCCCAUCUCGAUUCAUAUGUUGUGACUGAUCUUGCGAUCUUGGUCGAAGAGGUCGUGGAAGGGAUCUGCCUGGGUCUUGCUUACGGACAGAAUUCCAGUGCGUCCGCUGAUCUCUCAGUUUUGUCCUCAAAUACCCCCAAGAUGAGUACUGGCCGAUCCAACGUCGAUGUCAUCAUUGAUGUGGCGCCUCGCGAUUGGAUUUACCGCACGCAACCGGGUGCUCUUCGGCGCAUUAUCAUGAACAUUUUCGGCAAUGCGAUGAAAUACACGGACUCGGGUCGUGUCACUGUCAGUCUAGAAGCAUCAAGCCAAUCUGAAGGUCGCUCCCGGCGGCAAGGUUUAGAGGAUCUUGUCACGUUGACUGUGUCUGACACCGGAAAGGGUAUCUCGGAAGAAUUCCUUCGCAGAAAGCUCUAUAUGCCGUUCGCACAAGAGGACUCGUUGGCAGUGGGUACCGGUUUGGGACUGUCGAUCGUUCGAAGCCUGGUCAAGGCGUUGAAUGGCAACAUUCGUGUCCGUUCAAGGCCUGGUGAAGGUACGACCGUACGUGUUUCUCUGCCUCUCGCACGUCCGGUUGGCGAAGAAAGCCCGCCGGUUGACCAAGCGUCGGACAAUUGUCAGCAAAAUGAAGCCUUGACACAGACCCUUCUGCUCCAGGAAGGCUACCCUGGCAAACGGGCUGCUUUCUGGGGCGUGGAGCCAGAAAAGAUCGCAGAGAAUCAGACCUGGGCCGAGAUCGGGAAAUACCUCAGAGACUGGUUUAGGGUCGAGAUCGUCUCUUGGCCCUCUCAUCUUCCGUUGGAUAUGCUGGUCAUUGAAGAGGCGAUGUUGCCAGAAUUGCGCAAUACACCGCUGACUGCCACCUUGCCGUCUUUGCUCAUCCUCUGCCAUAAGCCCGUUGAUUACAGCAUGGCACGGUCUGAGUGGCUGGCACUUGCCACAUCGGUCAACAUCAUUCGACGCCCUUGUGGGCCUCACAAGCUGGCUCGCAGCGUGUUGAAGUGCUUCCAAAACUCUCGCUCUACGGUGGUGACACCGGCUUCUGUUCUCCAGAAUCCGAUGGAGUCACUGGAUCUCGUCAUCAGAACACCCCCGAUUACCCCCACGGUCAAAUCUCCCGCAUUCGCGCUAUCACCUUCGCCGCCCAGCGUUUCACCGCCACUGGUAGCUGGGACUGGCCCCAAAUCGACUGGAGAGCCUCCGCCGAAUGCGCCCUCUGUCGUGUCCUCUCCUCCUGAUGCCAUCGCCGCGGCUCCUCUCCCGGCGCCACUAGUCGAAGGGAGCAUCGAUUCAACUGCGCGAGUACUUGUCGUAGAUGACAACCGCAUCAACCUCAACCUCAUGAUGACAUUCAUGAAGAAACGCAAGCUUUCCGAGCUCGCGUCCGCGGAGAACGGCAAGCUUGCCGUUGAGGCCGUGGAGCGGUUACAAACUGGCUUCGACAUCAUCUUCAUGGACAUCUCGAUGCCUGUGAUGAACGGAUUCGAAGCAACUCGUGCCAUUCGCGCCAUGGAGAAGGAGAACGACGAUCGCAGGCCGGCUAUCAUCAUUGCUCUGACGGGACUGAGUAGCUCCCGGGAUGAAUCUGAGGCACUUGCCUCUGGCGUGGACAUGUUCCUCACCAAGCCCGUUUCAUUCCGGGAGGUCUCCCGCCUUCUGGACGAGUGGGAAAAGAACGGGUUGGAGAAGGAACGGAAGAAGGCGCCAUGA